UCUGGCUGCCUGUUUGUAUCUAUGAGUAAGUUACCCCCAUCCCCAACACCAGAGUGGGAUAUUAACCCUGAAACCACAGGAAGGUCAGCUGGGAAGCUAAAGGAAGUCCCAACAGCACUUCCUGCCUGUGCGUCUACAGCCUUCUUUGUUUUACAUGGACCACAAGCUUCCCAUUUGAGAUAUCAGAAGUCGAGGCUGAAAUUCUUCAAGGGGGAAAAAGAGCUGCAGGCAAAGUCACAGCGUUGAAUUGUCACCUGGGAGAAGUGGAGUGGAAAAGUGUGACACAAUGAAUGGACCUGUGGAUGGCUUGUGUGACCAUUCUCUAAGUGAAGAAGGAGACUUCAUGUUCACAUCAGAAUCUGUAGGAGAGGGCCAUCCAGAUAAAAUCUGUGACCAGAUCAGUGAUGCAGUGCUGGAUGCCCACCUCAAGCAAGACCCCAAUGCCAAGGUGGCCUGUGAGACCGUGUGCAAGACAGGCAUGGUGCUGCUGUGUGGGGAGAUCACCUCAGUGGCUAUGGUAGAUUACCAGCGGGUAGUGAGAGACACCAUCAAGCAUAUCGGCUAUGACGACUCUGCCAAGGGCUUUGACUUUAAGACCUGCAAUGUACUAGUGGCUCUGGAGCAACAGUCCCCAGAUAUUGCCCAAUGUGUCCAUCUAGACAGAAAUGAGGAGGAUGUUGGUGCAGGAGAUCAGGGCUUGAUGUUUGGCUAUGCCACUGAUGAGACAGAAGAAUGCAUGCCCCUCACCAUUAUCCUCGCUCACAAACUCAACACCCGGAUGGCAGAACUGAGGCGCUCUGGUGUCCUGCCCUGGCUGAGACCUGACUCUAAAACUCAGGUCACAGUUCAGUACAUGCAGGAUAAUGGUGCAGUCAUCCCUGUGCGCAUCCACACCAUCGUCAUCUCCGUGCAACACAAUGAAGACAUAACACUGGAGGCCAUGCGUGAGGCCCUGAAGGAACAGGUGAUUAAGGCCGUGGUGCCAGCCAAGUACCUGGACGAAGAUACCAUCUACCACCUGCAGCCAAGUGGGCGGUUUGUCAUCGGAGGUCCCCAGGGAGAUGCAGGUGUCACAGGCCGGAAGAUUAUUGUGGACACCUAUGGCGGCUGGGGAGCUCAUGGUGGUGGUGCCUUCUCUGGAAAGGAUUACACCAAGGUGGACCGCUCAGCAGCAUAUGCUGCCCGCUGGGUGGCCAAAUCUCUGGUAAAAGCCGGGCUCUGCCGGAGAGUGCUUGUUCAGGUGUCCUAUGCCAUCGGUGUGGCAGAGCCACUCUCCAUUUCCAUCUUCACCUAUGGGACCUCAGAGAAAACAGAGCGGGAGCUGCUAGACGUGGUGAAUAGGAACUUUGACCUCCGGCCCGGUGUCAUUGUCAGGGACUUGGAUCUGAAGAAACCUAUCUACCAGAAGACUGCAUGCUAUGGCCAUUUCGGGAGAAGCGAGUUUCCCUGGGAAGUCCCCAAGAAGCUUGUGUUUUAGAGCUGGUGGGAGGCCUGGCCUUCACCCCAUACAUUCUUCUUCUCCAGGAUCCUGGCUCCCUGAUCUCCCAGCCCCUCCUGGAAUGCCUUCCCUGCUUCUACCCUCAGGACAAGUCAGCUCCUUCUCAUUUUUCUCUAUCCAACAAUCAAUAGCCAUCUGUCACUGUCAUUCAUGGUGAUUUUCUGGUGCUGGGGAUCAAGUCUCCCUGCAAGGAAAGACACAAUAUUCCCUUCCUGUCCCUCAGAUGAGGGAUAUAUUGAUUAGUGGAAAAGUCACCUCUGCCAGGCAUGAAGUUGCUCCCUCCCCUCCUCCCACCCGCAGUCUGAACCUGACCAGCCCAUCUCUUCCUCCCUCCUGGACCACAUGCCCAAUGAAUGUGUUGCACAGACCACUGGCCUCCCCUUCACAACUACAGCAAGGACUGAGCCAGGGCCUUUUCAAGGGCUGGGCUGGGCAUCUGCCAGGGUUGACAUGGCUGGUGUCUCCUGAGCACCUGCUGUGUACAAGGGACUGAGCCAGUGACUGCUGCACUGAGUUCUUCAUUGCAACAUGACGAGGUGGCAGCUUUAUUAUCUCCAUUGAGAAAUGGGGAAACUGAGGCACAAAGCAUCUUUUUAGCUUUCACAAGUUUCCAUAGCCACAUGUCAGGGCCCAGAAAUGAGUCUAGGAGCUUUGACUCUGCAACCCACAUUCUCCCAUUCCAAGCUGGAAAUGGACCUGAGAACUGACCAAGUGGAUUGACAUGAAGCUAUAACCUCUGUCCUGAAGGUCUGGGCUUCCUGAGAAUUAGCAGAUGAACCCAGUGGCUUCUGGUGAGGCUUUUCAGUGCUCUACAAAGAUAGGAUUGAAGCUUAAACAUGCCUCACUUGUUCUAGAAGAAGGUCAGAGGCAAGAUGGGCAUCUUGGCCUGUCAGGCUGGGCUAGCAUCUAGAGUUAAGAAAGAGCUUCAUUGUCUUAAUUACCUUUCACUCAGUGAUGUGCAGGGCUUGGCGUAUGGAUCCUCUGGCUAUGGGGUCUAACCACAGUCAGCCUCACAUAGCCCCCCUGCAGAGAAGGAACAUCAGCUUGUCCCAGCACAGGCAUCUGGCCCCUGGUAGGAGACAGGAAACCUGUGACUCUCAAUGCUUUCUCCUUCCCUGGUUCAUACUGUUGCUCUGAAUGCUGCAGGGAGGUAAAUGACGCAGGGCUGAUCUCCGGACAAGUUGUCUAAGAUAACAUGAGAAUCUGCUGUUGCCAGGUAGCCUUUGGGGGCAUGUCUAGCCACCAGGGUCCUAGAAACUAUAUGUUCCCAUGCUUUCCUACCAGGGCAGGUACUACCUAUCCCACAUGUCCCCAGCCUGGGCCUCCCACAGCAGACCAUUCUCUCCCCAUCUCCCAGGGACACAGGCUCAGGAAGGGGCCUUCACAGGCCCAGGAGGACACUGGGGACCUGGCUUCUUUCUGGGCUCACAGUACUGAUUCUGGCUGAGAGAAGAGUUUGGGCAGCUUCAUUCAGAGACACCAUGUACCUGUGCCUUGAUUGAACACAAAGGCCCCAGCUUUCACUUCCCAACAGCUCAAGGAAAAACAAUCGAGCCCUCAUCACCAUCAAACCCUGCAACUAUGUGUAACACGGAAACGGGUUUCUCCACUGGGCUCCUGCUUGUCUGGGAUUCCCAAGUUCCUCACAGCAGAGGGAGGGACGGGUGUGCUGGUUGGCUGAGAUCCUGUAACUUAGGCUGUAUACAAGUGAAAAAUCAGAAUUUUAUACUUCCUCUAUCCCCAAGAGAAAUGAGAAUUUUUUUGUGUGUCCACAUUUCAUAGGAAACAAAAGCCUUUAUUUGUCAAUAGUUCCUGUUAGAAUGGUUAAUAAAAACCUCAAGGAGCAACUA